CAUUUGGAUUAAUUUUUGCUUAGUUUUUGAUGAUAAAAUAAUAGCUACCACAUAACAAGAAGACAUUGAUUUUACAAUAUGACAAUGGAUGUCCAGACUGCGUUAGUGCUAACAAUACAACUGGUUGCAUUGUUUUCAAUAGCUGGUGCAUUAUUGUUAUAUUUAUUAUGUAAGAUCCGUGCUGAACCAGGUGGUAUUGCUGAAGAUGUUGGUGAUAUUGGUGGUGGACGUGCUGUGAUUGUUACGUCAUGUGAUACUGCAUUUGGGUUACAGGUGGCAUUACAUUUAAGUACACGUGGUUUUCGUGUAUUUGCUGGUAUACGUGAUAUGCAUGAAGAUUGUACUGCAUUACGUGCUGCACGUGCAUGGGUUAAAGAGCGUGAGAGUAUACCAGUCCGUGGUCAAGGUAUGCUAGUUGCAUUACCAUUGGAUGUAACUCGUGAAGAUUUAUUACAUGAAGCUGCUGAUAUUAUUCGUGCACAUCUGCCUGCCGGUGAAGAUGGUGUUUGGGCAGUCAUAAAUACGUCAGGUGUUGUACAUCGUGGAAAAUUAGAUCAUCAAGACAUCUCACACUGGGAAUCAAUGUUAAAAACAAAUAUUAUUGGUGUAUUACGUACAUCACGUGCAUUCCAAAGUUUAUUACGUAAUACUAGAGGACGUUUUAUUACUGUGGGCGCUGCUGUAAAUAAAAAUAAUACAACAACAACAACUUCAACGACGCCAGCAAAUAAUAACAAUAAUAAUGGAAAUACAACAUCAUCAGCAACAGGUGGAGCAAAUGGUGAUGAUUGUACAGGUUUAGUAGCGUAUACAGCAACACGAUAUGCAGUACAGGGUGCUUGUGAAGUAUUACGUCGUGAAUUAGGUGGAUUAGGUAUUAAAGUUGUAACAUUGACACCUGAAGGUAUUUCACCGGAUAUUAUCUAUGCACCACCAAAAUUACGCAAUGUUGUGCCAGAGCAAAAACCAGAAACUGCAGUAAAUAUAACAGAUGUGACAGUUGAAAUACAUCCAAAAGUAUUAUCAAUGCAAGCAUUAAACAACAUAGAUUUAGCAUUAACGUGCGCUGAGCCAUAUCCAAGUUAUACAUUAUCACCAAAAAAACCAUGGUUUUCACAAUUUACAACAGCAAAAUCAUUAUAAAUACCAUUAUAUUAUAAUUAUUUACUGCGCAUGAGCCAAUACCAUUACCGAUUUACGUAAAAGAAACCUGAUUGACAUACCGGCGUGUCAAAUAUUAGUGUAAAGAGUCCUUACUAACCCAAUCCCUUCUUCCCACUUUUUACCAUCAACUUACAUAAUUUUUUUAUGUAUU